UGUUUGCUCAGUGGGAGUGUGUGGAGUGUGAAACAGCGGAGUGAAAUGUUGGAACUUGAAGGAAUGGCUACAGCCAAUGGGACCGGUUAAACCGCGUCGGAGUCUCUUCCUCGUCUUCUCCUUCUCUGCUCCCAUCAUUUACCUUAUCUCCAUCUCAAUAAAUCAACCCAUCACCUCACCUUCUGGCUUCACUUUGGGUAUAAAUAUAAAACCUUCUCUGCCAUUCUUAUUUCGCUGCUCUGCUCUGUUCUGCUGUCUAUCCCCUUCCCAUGAAAACCCAGAUCCAAUUCUAUCUGCAUAGGUUGUAGCUCCGGGUUCCCAUUAGAUCUCAUCUCAAGGACAAAAACCCAAUUUCCCAAAUGGCUUCAUUUCAGUAUUUCAGCUUCAGAAAGUUGCUUCUUCUUUUCCUUGUUUCCUUCCUAUUCACCAGCAUUCUAGUCUGUGCCUUAUCAGAAACUGACUCCCAAAGCAGAAGGUUUCUGGGUAGAAGGAAAAUGUUAGAGAUGGAAGAGGGGGAAGAAGAGCAGCCUAAGAAGAAGACCAAGCCUAAUCUAUCCACCAAAAACCAAACCAAACUCAUCAAACCCAAGCUUCCCACGAAUUCAACAAAAAAGCCAGCUGAAACCACUACCCUCACCAAGAACUUGAGUAAAAAACUCAAUUCCACCACCAAAAGCUCAAAUUCCACCAAACCCAAAUCAACUUCCCUCAAGAAAGAUUCAGAUCUGCUCAAACCCACUAUCCCCAAGAACAAAACUUCCCAACUCAUUGUCACCAAGAAGUCCCAAACACUCGCAGAGAAGAAAUCCAGUGAAGCUAAAUCCAAAACCCAAGACAAGUUGCAAUCGGGCGAGUCAAAAUCCAAAACCUCAGACAAGAAACAACCAAGUACUAUUGAGUCCAAAUCUGGAAGUCCUCCUUCAAAGAAGCAAUCCAGUACUGAAUCCAAAUCCAAAAGCUCUUCUUCUUCUUCUUCUUCUUCAAAGGAGCAAUCUAGUGAAUCUAAAUCUAAGAGCCCAGACAAGAAGCAGUUGACAGAGGAAAAGAGCCAGCAGAAGAAAAAGAUCCAGAAACCAACGAGGCCCUACUGGAUGGAUCAAGACGAAGACGACGAUUUAGUCUUAGAAUUCAGAGACCUUCCCUCUAAAUUCCAUCAGCAAUUGAUACCAGAUCUGCAGAGGAUCUCAACAAAUUCCAGAGCUUAUCUAGUCCAAGCAAACAAGGAAAUCACAAAAGGGUUUAAACCUUUAGUGGGCAACAAAUACGCACCCACAAUUGCUUCCAUACUGUCCUGUGUCUUCAUUCUAGUCCCUCUCCUCCUCGUUUCACUCAUCUUCAAUCGAAUCAAAGCUUAUUUCUCUCUCCAGAAGAUACUGAUCUUCAUUCAAGUCUACUUAUCGAUCUACUUCACUAUUCUGUCUCUAUCUUCUCUAGUGACGGGGCUGGAGCCAUUGAAGUUCUUCUACGCGACAUCCCAGUCAAGCUAUGUGUGCUUGCAGGUGUUGCAGACGCUUGGGUACGUGUUGUAUCUUCUGCUAUUGUUGAUGUACUUGAUCUUGGUGUUCUCGACGGAGAAUGGAUUGGGCUCGAAGUUGUUGGGCCUGGGCCAGACGAUGGUGGGUGUGGCGGUUGGCUUACAUUAUUACGCGACGGUGUUUCACAGAGCGGUGCUGCAUCAACCGCCCAAGACCAACUGGAAAGUUCACGGAAUCUAUGCUGUUUGUUUCCUCGUGAUUUGUUUAUUUUCCAACGCCGAGAGGAGAAAAAAAGCUUACCUUCACGACGGUGGUGAAGAAGGAAAGAAAAGCUGAGAAAGACUUUUUUGUGAAACAUGGAAAGGGAAAUUUCUACUUUGUUUUCUCGGGGUUCAAACAUCAGCCAAAGGCCAGUUUCCCCGGAAGAAUGAACUGGCAAUAACGAGGGAGAAAUUUUCAUUUUCUAUCGAAAGUUAAAGCUUAUUAUAUUACUUUCUUUAUUUUAUGUAUGAAAUUUCUUAGCAAAAAUCAAUAAAUAUUGACUGAUUCAAUCAAA